CAAGCGGCCAUAAGUCCUCCUUGAACCCAUCCUUCCCAUUGUUUUUGAUGAUUCAACGUGGCAGUUAUGGCAAAGGUUGUUGUGUUGGUUCUCAUUGCUAGUUUCAGUAAUGUCUUCUGUCUUCCAAAGAGACAUAUACAUGAUGGUUGGAACGAGGUUGAUGUUUCAACAACACCAAAUCCUAACAACCAGACCCAAACUGACGCUGAGGUGGAAUCUCAGGGUGGUGCAAGUGAAGAUGUUGAAGCAGGCACUCCUGCACCUAAUCUCCACAAUCAGACUACUACUACACAGCCUGAUCUUACUGAUGGUGCAAGUGAAGAUGAUAUGGUAACUGUAACUGUAACCCCAAGUCCCCAAAACCAGACAACAGCUGCUGCCCAAACUGGAGAUGCUGAGUCACCAGAUGGACCAGGUGAGAAUGACGAGGGACCAGGUGAGGAAGACGAGGGACCAGGUGAAAAAGACGAGGGACCAGGUGAGGAAGAUGAAGAUGAUGAUGGACCAGGUGAAGAUGAUGAUGGACCAGGUGAAGAUGAUGAUGGACCAAGUGAAGAAGAUGAGGGACCAGGUGAAGAUGAUGAUGGACCAAGUGAAGAAGAUGAGGGACCAAGUGAAGAUGAUGAGGUUGGCACUACGACGCAGAAUGGCCAAAACAAGACUACUUCAGCCCCCACUGUAGGAACUGAGUCACCUGAUGGACUGGGUGAGGAAGAUGAGGGACCAAGUGAAGAAGAUGAGGGACCAAAUGAGGAAGAUGAGGGACCAAAUGAGGAAGAUGAUGGAGGUGAAGAUGUUGAGGUUGGCACUACGACGCAGAAUGCCCAAAACAAGACUACUUCAGCCCCCACUGUAGGAACUGGAUACCCCACAGGUGAGGAAGAUGAGGGACUGGGUGAAGAAGAUGAGGGACCAAGUGAAGAUGAGGGACCAAAUGAGGAAGAUGACGGACCAAAUGAGGAAGAUGAUGGAGGUGAAGAUGUUGAGGUUGGCACUACGACGCAGAAUGCCCAAAACCAGACUACUUCAGCCCCCACUGUAACUGAUGGUGCAAGUGAAGAUGCUGUUUUAACUACCGUGCUUAAUCGGCAAAAUGGAACUACCUCUGCCCAAGAUGGAACAACCACCACUGACUCCCAUGAUGACUCCUGAAGUGACUGCUCAGAAUACUUAUGCUUAAUGGAACUCCUGACAACUUGAGGCACUUCCUGCUCUUGGGGUUUCACCAUCUUGAAUUCAAUAAAAGCUGGAUUUUCUCAUACAA